AUGGAGCCAUUGGAAGACAUAUAUGUUCAUGGCGUUCAUGAUGCUCAACAACUCAUCCAUGUCCUUAGAGACAUACAAGCAUUCAUUGCCAUUGAUCACACCCGAUCACAAUAUCAGACAACACCGGCAGAUUUGAAACGGCGGUCUGAAAUGUUCUUCAAGAUAUCUGGGACAUUGAAGGCUUUAGCAAAUAAGUUUGGGUUGGCCGUGGUUGUGACCAACCAAGUGGUGGAUUUUAUUGGUCCACAUGAUGGAGUGAAUAGGGUGAGGUUGGGAAACUUAGAGUGCCUGCACACAUCAGGUAGACGGGUGAGUUCAGUUUUGGGACUGGCUUGGGCACAUUGCAUAAAUUCAAGGGUGUUCUUAGCAAGACAUGAGCAAUCUGUUGGGGUUAACAGUCGUAAUGCUCAUUCACCAACUAUAUCAAGUCAAACACAUAGGACAUUUGACAUUGUAUUUGCCCCCCAUUUGCCCUAUGCAUUGGCUGAAUUUGUAAUCAUAAAAGAAGGUAUAGUAUGA